CCGAAAAUAGAAUUUUCCGUAUAGGGUUAAUUACCGGCCCAUCCCAAAAUUAAUUCCCAGCGUCUCCUUUGCGAACGGUCGGAAGUGCGAAGACGGAUGAACGAAGGUCGAAGAACGAAGAGUGAAGACGAAGCUUCCGACGAAGAAACUGUGAGCUGCGAGCCUGCGAAAUACGCGAACACCAGGCCACCAUCCGCUCCGCCUGCCGCCGUCCACGGCCCUGCACAGGCCGUCCUUCCUCUCCGGACUCCGGCUCUCACCUCUCCGAUUCCGGCUCUGCCAAUCUUCCUGCGGCUCUGCCUCCAGCAGCCGGCUCCACGCCUCCACUGCUCCAGCCUCCAGGAGUCCAGCACACCCUUACGGAGUCUGAGCCCCAAUCAUCUAAUUAUAAGUUGAGAGUUUACAGGAGAAUCUGGAGAGAGAGAAGCAAAGCUUUUGAAUACUGAAGCAUUAACAGAGCAGUGAAAGACGCCGGUUCAAGCAGCUAGCCAAUAAGUUCACGCAGGUGUGGACACUGGAAAGGGGUUGCUGGCUCGCCGAGAGUUUUGUAGCUGAGAUAUCACAUGAAGAACGAGUAGAUGCAGGAUGGAUAACAAAAACGUCGUCGUCUGCGACAAUGGCACAGGGUAUGUCAAAUGUGGCUUUGCAAAUGAGAAUUUCCCCACGUCUGUUUUCCCUUGCGUGGUGGGGAGGCCAAUGUUGCGAUAUGAAGAAUCCCUUAUGGAACAAGACAUCAAGGAUAUUGCUGUUGGAGAUGCAUGUUUAAAGUUGCGGCACCAAUUAGAUAUAUCUUAUCCUGUCAACAAUGGGAUUGUGCAAAACUGGGAUGAUAUGGAACAUGUCUGGGACCAUGCAUUUUUCAAUGAGCUGAAGGUCGAUCCAACAGAAUGCAAAAUUUUGCUCACAGAUCCACCUCUCAAUCCAUCAAAGAACCGUGAAAAGAUGGUAGAAACAAUGUUUGAGAAAUACAACUUUGGGGGUGUCUUCAUUCAGAUUCAAGCUGUCCUAACAUUAUAUGCCCAAGGUUUACUAACCGGAUUAGUCAUAGAUUCUGGUGACGGUGUUACUCAUGUGGUUCCAGUUGUAGAUGGUUACUCAUUUCCUCACCUCACAAAAAGAAUGAAUGUAGCUGGACGUCAUAUAACUUCUUAUCUAGUUGAUUUGCUGUUCCGCAGAGGGUAUGCAAUGAGUAGAAGCGCUGAUUUUGAGACUGUCAGGGAUAUAAAAGAAAAGCUUUGCUACAUUAGUUAUGAUUAUAAACGAGAAUAUCAAUUGGGCCUUGAGACCACUAUCCUUGUUAAGAAUUAUACACUUCCAGAUGGGAGGGUAAUCAAAGUAGGCACUGAGAGGUUUCAAGCACCUGAAGCUCUGUUUACCCCGGAUCUCAUUGAUGUUGAAGGUGAUGGAAUGGCUGACAUGGUAUUUCGUUGCAUCCAGGAAAUGGAUAUUGAUAAUAGAAUGAUGCUUUACCAACAUAUAGUGCUAAGUGGAGGGAGUACCAUGUAUCCUGGCUUACCUAGUCGCUUAGAGAAGGAGAUUUUAGAUCGCUAUCUUGAAGUGGUUUUGAAAGGAAACAAGGAUGGAUUAAAGAAACUGCGAUUAAGGGUAGAAGAUCCACCAAGAAGAAAACACAUGGUGUAUCUUGGAGGUGCAGUUCUAGCAGGAAUUAUGAAGGAUGCACCUGAGUUUUGGAUCAAUAGACAAGACUAUUUGGAGGAAGGAGUUGGCUGCUUAAGCAAGUGCGGGCAGGCAUGAUGAUGGUUUUUAUUUAUAUAUCUUGGGUUCCACACAAAUCACUUUGUUUCAAGCAAUGUUAAAAUCUGGAUGCUAAAAGUGGUUAAGGAUUUAAUUUGUGGUUAAGUGACAGUGUGGCAGGUGGCUUGCUUAGGGAGAAACACUUUUUAUUACAUAUACUAUUAUUAUUACAACUCAGUGACAUUACCAUAUUUAUUUUGGUACCUCCUCCCAGCGAGAACUAACAAACAUACUUCACAUUACUUUAAUGUUAUUGCUAGUUCAAUUGAUUGGUGUAUUCCUUGUGUUGG